GUCAGCACGCUCGUCUGGCGUGUGUCCCCGGGUCGGUCGUCCUCUCUCUCUUUCCUUCUUGUUUUCCUCCUUUUUUGUGUGUCGCCAUGUCCCGGUGUCUGUCGCUGGCCCGGUUCGCCCUCGGUUCCGCCCACAGAGCCGCUCCCCGGCUCGUGCCACGGCUCGGCACGCGCACUUUGAGUCGCUCCUCCGCAGCAGCAGCCUUGCAGGUUGGACAGCAGAAAAAGUGGAGCAGUGGACCCGGCGUCUGGAGCUCGGAGCGCGCCUGCCUCGGCUUCAGCCAGCGCUCGCGUUACAGCACCCAGGAGGCCGAGAAGGAGCCGGAAGAGGAGCCUCUGCACACCAUCAUCAGUGAUACUGAGGCUGUUCAAGGUAGCUUCUCCAAACAUGAAUUUCAGGCUGAAACAAAAAAGCUGUUGGAUAUUGUUGCCAGGUCUCUGUAUUCUGAGAAAGAGGUUUUCAUCAGGGAGCUGAUUUCUAAUGGCAGUGAUGCUCUGGAGAAACUUCGUCACAAGUUGAUGACGGCAGAAGGUGCAACAGCCCCAAUGGAGCUCCACCUGCAGACCGACGCCGUGAAGGGGACUUUUACCAUCCAGGACACAGGAAUCGGUAUGACCCAGGAAGAGCUGGUUGCCAAUCUGGGUACCAUCGCCCGCUCUGGGUCCAAGGCGUUUCUGGACGCUCUGCAGAACCAGGCCGAAGCCAGCAGCACCAUCAUCGGUCAGUUCGGAGUUGGGUUCUAUUCUGCCUUCAUGGUGGCCGACCGCGUGGACGUCUACUCCCGCUCCGCUGAACCCGACGCACCCGGAUACAAGUGGUCCUCAGACGGCUCUGGAGUCUUUGAGAUUGCUGAAGCCACUGGAGUUCAACAGGGAACCAAGAUUGUGCUGCACCUCAAAGAAGACUGCAAGGAGUUUUCCUCUGAGGACAGAGUCAAAGAGGUUGUAACCAAGUACAGCAACUUUGUGAGCUUCCCUAUUUUCCUGAACGGACGCAGACUCAACACUUUGCAGGCCUUGUGGAUGAUGGGGCCGAAAGAGAUCAGCGACUGGCAGCACGAGGAGUUCUACCGCUACAUCGCUCAGGCGUACGACAAGCCCCGCUACACUCUGCACUACCGCGCCGACGCGCCGCUCAACAUCCGAAGCAUCUUUUAUGUCCCCGAGACGAAGCCGAGCAUGUUCGACGUGAGCAGGGAGAUGGGCUCCAGCGUGGCUCUGUACAGCCGGAAGGUUCUGAUCCAGACCAAGGCCGCUGACAUCCUGCCCAAGUGGCUGCGCUUCCUGCGAGGUGUGGUGGACAGUGAGGACAUCCCUCUGAAUCUGAGCAGAGAGCUGCUGCAGGAGAGCGCCCUCAUCAGGAAGCUCCGUGACGUUCUCCAGCAGAGGAUCAUCCGCUUCCUGCUGGACCAGAGCAAGAAGGAGCCCGAGAAGUACAGCAGCUUCUUCGAGGACUACGGCCUCUUCAUGAGGGAGGGCAUCGUCACCACGCAGGAGCAGGACGUCAAGGAGGACAUCGCGAAGCUGCUGCGAUUCGAGUCGUCCGCCUUGCCGGCCGGGCAGCAGACCAACCUGAUGGAGUACGGCUCCCGCAUGAAGGCCGGAACGCGCAACAUCUACUACCUGUGCGCCCCCAACCGACACCUGGCAGAGCACUCGCCGUACUACGAGGCCAUGAAGAAGAAAGACAUGGAGGUGCUGUUCUGCUACGAGCAGUUCGACGAGCUGACCCUGCUCCACCUCAGGGAGUUCGACAAGAAGAAGCUGAUCUCCGUGGAGACGGACAUCGUGGUGGACCACUACAAGGAGGAGAAGUUCGAGGACAGCAAGCCAGCGUCGGAGCGGCUCACGCAGGAGCAGGCCGACGACCUCCUGGCCUGGAUGAAGAACUGUCUCGGCCCCAGAGUCACCAACAUCAAGCUGACCCCCCGCCUGGACACCCACCCCGCCAUGAUCACGGUGCUGGAGAUGGGCGCGGCACGCCACUUCCUCCGAACGCAGCAGCUGGCCCGCACGGCGGAGGAGAGAGCCCAGAUACUGCAGCCCACUCUGGAAAUCAACGCCGGACAUGAUCUGAUCAAGAAGAUGCACUCGCUGAAGGACACGGACUCCGAGCUGGCUGGACUGUUACUGGAUCAGAUUUACGACAACGCCAUGAUCGCAGCCGGCCUGAACGACGACCCCCGGCCCAUGAUUUCCCGCCUCAACGACCUCCUGACCAAAGCUCUGGAGAAACACUGAGAGCCGCCAGGAAGCGUCGGAACGGGCGGACUUGCUCUCGGAUGACUUUGGCCUCGAGCUGACGGCCUGUUGAAGGCCGAGAACUGAAAGGACCUCACAGGUUCAUCUGGAGCGCCUCUUUUAUACAGAUUGGAGAAAUCGUCUUUACGCCGUGUGUUUGGCAUCUCCUCCCCAGCGCGUUGGCUGUGUGUGUGUGGUAAUCCCUUCACCGUGGUCACAGUCACACCAGUUCAGUGGACUCUGACAUUCCCUUCAUGCUUCAACAUGUUAUAAAAAAAGGUUGUUUAAGGCGCCAUCUUGUUUUUGCAGACCAGUCAGAGUAAACUGCCGGGCUGAAGGUCAUCCGCAUCCUGAACGCCGAACGCAAACAGCUCCAAAGCAGAGCUUCACGAUCUUGUUAAAAUACUGCGUUAACAGCUUUAACGUAGUGCUUCAGUUCACUCUUCUGGAUGUCUUAGUGUUUUUCCAUUAUUUAAUAUUUUAUUCCCACUCUGGAUUUUAUGUUUUUACAGGCUUCAGAUUCUCUGCAGGCUUCGUUCUGCGUUCAUGUGAUGAAAACAGCAGUGUCUUUAUUGAAAUCGCUUCAAUAUUACAGCCAAUAAAC